CGCCUCAACAAGGGAAACUUUAUUGUUCCCGCCCGGGCGGCCAGGAUGUCGGUGAACUACGCCGCGGGCCUGUCGCCGUACGCAGACAAGGGCAAGUGCGGCCUCCCUGAGAUCUUCGACCCGCCCGAGGAGCUGGCGCGCAAGGUGCGGGAGCUGGCGGGGCUCAUCUGGCAGUCGGCCAACGUGGUGUUCCACACGGGCGCGGGCAUCAGCACGGCCUCGGGCAUCCCCGACUUCAGGGGCCCCCACGGCGUGUGGACCAUGGAAGAGCGCGGCCUGGCGCCCAAGUUCGACACGACCUUCGAGAGCGCGCGGCCCACGCAGACGCACAUGGCGCUGGUGCAGCUGCAGCGCGUGGGCCUCCUGCGCUUCCUGGUCAGCCAGAACGUGGACGGGCUGCACGUGCGCUCCGGCUUCCCCAGGGACAAGCUGGCCGAGCUGCACGGGAACAUGUUCGUGGAGCAGUGCGCCAAGUGCAAGACGCAGUACGUCCGGGACGCCGUGGUGGGCAGCAUGGGCCUCAAGGCCACUGGGCGCCUCUGCACCGUGGCCAAGGCCCGGGGGCUGCGGGCCUGCAGGGGGGAGCUGAGAGACACCAUAUUGGAUUGGGAAGACGCCCUCCCCGACCGGGACUUGGCCCUCGCCGAUGAGGCCAGCAGGAACGCGGACCUGUCCAUCACCCUGGGGACCUCGCUGCAGAUCCGGCCCAGCGGGAACCUACCGCUGGCCACCAAGCGCCGCGGAGGGCGGCUGGUCAUCGUGAACCUGCAGCCCACCAAGCACGACCGCCACGCAGACCUGCGCAUCCACGGCUACGUCGAUGACGUCAUGACGCAGCUCAUGAAGCACCUGGGGCUGCCGAUCCCCGCCUGGGAGGGGCCCCGUGUGCUGGAGCGCGCGCUGCCACCCCUGCCCCGCCCGCCGGCCCCCCUGCUCGAGCCCCGCCCCCUGCUCAACGGCUCCGCCCCCAAACAGGAGCCCCUGGGGGAGCCCCAGCGCAGCCCCAAGCGGGAGGCCCCGGACAGCCCCGCCCCGAGCCGGCCCCAAAAGCGGGUGAAGGCGGAGGCCGACCCCAGCUGACCCCAGCGGGCAGUGGGGAGCGGGGCGGGGGGCUCUGUACGGACUCGGACGGCCGGGCCUGGGGCCGCCCCCCCCCCCGUGCCGUGUGCGCGCUGGGGCCCUGGAAGGAGCUGGCCCUUUCCCGAGGGCCACCCUCCCAGCUCCAGCCCAGACACAGCGGACGCCCCCUGCCCCGGGGACCCCUCCCCCACGCCAGCCCCGACCUCCGCUCCGGGCUCAGGGACCCUCCCGGAGCGGAGCAGCCCGCCGCGGAGACCCUGGCUUCCUCCAGGCUUCCCCAAAGGGCGUGGACGCAAUAAAGGCAGGAGCUCUCCGGCCCGGAGUGGCUCGGACCCUCG